GCCAGUAGCAUUUGCGAUUCCCACAAUCUCAGCACGUGAAAGCAACGGGUAAGAUUGCACUGUUUGCUGAUAGAUAUGCCUCUACCUAUGUAUCUAAUGACAAGCAGCGGCGCAGCGCUGAUGGUUAUCGUGAAGUUUCCUGUCAGUCACAGUUUCGCGUUUGCAUUAAGCAUUGCAGCAGAGGCGCUCAUUACGACUGACCUUAGAUAUCAUGGAGGAACAACAAAAGCUGGAUUUUAUCCGCAAUGAAUUAACCGGAAAUAUCCUGAAAGCGUUAGGACUUGAUGAUUCUGAAUUGGUGAAAGUAAAUCUAUCUACACCGAAUCAUCUGGAUGGUUUCAUGUCCGUGAUACAUAAUCUAGUUCUUGUGACCAAAGAUAAGAAAACAAGCAAGGAGAGAACUUUCAAUUUGAUGGUCAAAGUAAUGAAAGGCGAUGAAAAAUUUCGCGAGGUAUCUCUGACUAAAACUCAGUUCACCAAUGAAAUCUACAUCUACAGUAAAGUAAUUCCAACUUUUACGGAACUUUUGUCCACAAGAAGAUGCUCAGUAAAGGGAAAUAGUUGGUGCCCGAGAAUAUUUUAUUGCACAGCAGGACUGAUUCCAGCGUUCAGCAAGAUUUACGAAACGAUUCUAGUCAUGGAGAACAUGGCAUUGGACGGGUACAAAGCUGGUCCGAGAAAUGACUUGGACGAGACUCACUUGACCUUGAUGGCCAGGAGGAUUGCUCAGUUCCAUGCUUGUACGUAUGCAAUGAAAAUCAUAGAUAAGGAAUGUCUUGAAAAUCUAGUCGAUGGAAUUAUUCCACUGAAUUUUAUCAAAGAUGAUGAAAUAUUCGAGAGCUACGCUAUUAUGUUCCGAAACGGAUUAGAUAGAAUUUUCGGAUAUCUUUCCAAGCAUCCGGAAGAAUUGGACAAUGAGCAAUUUAAGGCCGACAUGGCAAAACUCCGCAGCAAAUAUGGAGAGGAGCCGAUACACCUGAUGCAAAAGUUUUUACAAAGAAACGAAUUUUCAGUUAUUCUACAUGGCGAUUACAACAGGAAUAACGUGCUUUUCAAAUAUGAGAACGGCAAGCCAGUGGAUCUUCGUAUGUUCGACUUUCAGGAGAAUCGCUACGCCACACCAUCCAUCGAUUUGUCGUUUUUCAUGUGCAUGAGCAUGCCAACCGGUCUUCGGGAACAGUUUUGGAACCCACUACUGAAAUGCUAUCACGACAGCCUGAUGGAUACGCUGAUUGACAUUUUGAAGUGUGAUAGAAGUGACCCUCGUUUGGAAAUCUACAGCUACAGCAAUUUCAUGGUUCACAUGAAACAGUUGGGAAUGUACGGAGCUAUGGUUGCGUCGCACUUUUUGCCGUGGAUGCUGGGCUCCGAAGAAGAAUGUGCUCUGCUGGCAGAAUGCUCCGUCAAGGAUAUAGGCUCUGACGAGAUGAAACGCCUGACCAUAAUGAGCGGAGGAGAAAAAGUAGACAAGCGUUUGAUAGAAAUUUUCAGACUUAUGAGUCAGCUAGGAUAUUUUUCCAUUGUCCAUGAUGAUUAGACGAUGACGAUUUUGUUACCAAAACAUAUGUUUCGAGGUUUAAUAUAUGGGUACAUAAGGGGAAAAAUAUCAAAAAUAAAAGAUAUAUCGUUAUUUAAAUCU